AUCACUGCAUGGUCUAGGCACCACGCCAGAGGCUGAAUUCCUGCGAGUCCGUGCAGCUCCCACACGUUUACAGCACUAGGACCCAGAGGGAGCUUCAUUUCUGUGAGUCAGUGCAGCUAGCUGAGCCCUGUGAGCAGUGAAUGAGGCUGGAAAGGCAGAGGGAAUGUGAAUGGCUCUUCUGGCUUGGGAAAGUGUCCACAGACUGGGCUGCUACGGACUACAAACCAGCUCGGACAACCCUCCAGAUCCCCGGUACUGCCGGCAUCCCGUGCCGCUGCUCUGAGGGAAAACAGAGAUGCCAAAAUUCAAUGGUAGUUUUCACAAAGAAGUAUCAACCUGCUCUUGGAAUUCCUGAACUCUCAUAUACAUCUUCACAUGCUUUACAGCCCAGUUACUAACAGUCCAGUAGACUGAAUUGCAAUCAACCUGGAAUCAAGAGAUUCUGCAGGAGAACUGUUUAAAGAAAUAGGGAUUCCCUCCCUAUACUUGUUUUGUUUGGCAUUUGUUUCCCUUAGAGGUGCCUGCAAGCAAGUUUUCAAGACACAGAACCACUGUGGAAUCACAGAAUAAUCAACUCCCAGACUGAGCUACGCAGUCAGACUGGCCCGAUGGCAUGCGGCAGCCAACCCCAACCUGGUAUCUGGAUGAAAUAAACAUCUUGCUGGGGGAGCAGCUUUCUGUGCAGUACACUCUGAGCCCCAACAGAGGUGCAUAUUCUCCAGCUUGAAGGAAGACUAGCACUGGAUCUGCUGUGCAGUGACACUGUGGAGCAUCUUGCUCAUGGCACUCUGACAAAAGGAAGGUGCAUAGCGUAAUGUCCAUGCUGUACUACACUCUGAUCAUAGCUUUUUUGAUCGGCACACAGGCAGCUCCAAAGUCAGAGGACAAUGUUCCACUGGAGUAUCCUGCAGAACACUCCCUGCUCACUACCCAACGGAGUAACAAACACCACAUUCACAAGGCAGCUCCACAGACAUCCCAGGACCACUCUGCUUGGACGAUAAGUAGAAGAGAAGCUAUAAAUAUCACCAUGGACCCCAAGGUUUUUAAGAAGAGGCGAUUCCGGUCCCCUCGGGUGCUGUUCAGCACACAGCCCCCCCCAGUGUCAGGGCAAGGACACAGCAUGGGAUUUCUCAGCAGUGCAGGUGCUGUCAACAGGACUGCCAGGACCAAGAGGACUGCACAUCCCGUGUUACACCGGGGAGAGUUCUCAGUAUGUGACAGUGUCAGCAUGUGGGUUGGGGACAAGACCACAGCCACCGACAUUAAAGGCAAAGAGGUGACAGUGUUGGGAGAAGUCAAUAUUAACAACAAUGUUUUUAAGCAGUACUUUUUUGAGACCAAGUGCAGGGACCCUAAGCCAGUGUCCAGUGGGUGCCGAGGGAUCGAUGCAAAGCACUGGAACUCUUACUGCACCACCACACACACCUUCGUCAAAGCGCUGACCAUGGAGGGCAAACAGGCGGCCUGGAGGUUCAUCCGCAUUGACACCGCCUGUGUGUGUGUGCUCAGCAGGAAGUCAGGGAGACCCUGAGGUGCAUCUAAACCCCCUGAGAACAUCCUCCUACCCCCCCUACCUCAGCCUGUAAAUUAUUUUAAGUUAUAAAGGACUGCAUGGUAUAUUUAUAGUUUAUACAGUACAAAAAAGGAACCUCAUUAUUUAUUAAACUCUUUU